AUGUUCAUUUACUCUUUCUAUCUUUCUUUCUUUCCUUCCUUCUUUCUUUUUUUUCUUUCUUUCUCUUUCACUUGUCAUUAUCUAUUUAUCUAUCUAUCUCAUUCUAUUCAUUAUUUAUCCAUCAAUCUAUAUGUCUAUCUCAUUCUAUUAAUUAUCUAUCUAUCUAUCUAUCUAUCUAUCUAUCUAUCUAAUUCUAUUGAUUAUCUAUCUUAUUGUUUAUCUAUCUAUAUCAUUCUGUUCAUUAUUCAUCUAUCUAUCUAUCUAUCUAAUUCUAUUGAUUACCUAUCUUAUUGUUUAUCUAUCUAUAUCAUUCUGUUCAUUAUCUAUCUAUCUAUCUAUCUAUCUAUCUAUCUAUCUAUCUAUCUAUCUAUCUAUCUCAUUCUAUUCAUUAUCCAUCUAUCUAUCUACCUGUCUGUUCGUUGGUUAAUUUAUUUAUUUGUUUCUAUCUAUCUAUCUAUCUAUCUAUCUAUCUAUCUAUCUAUAUUUCUUUCUAUUUUUCUGCUUCUUUCUUUCUUCCUUAUUUCCUUAGUCCUUCCUCAUUUUUCUAUAGCCUUCACAUUUUUCGGCCCUUUCCUACGGACUUAUGUAGUUGUCCGAGUCCGUUCAUUUCUUUCUUUCUAUCUAUCACUGUUAAAAUAUCUAUCUAUCUAUCUAUCUAUCUAUCUAUCUAUCUAUCUAUCUAUCUAUCUAUUUCAGUCCUUUCAUUUCUAG